AUGUUUACAAAAAAAUUCUCAGUUCAAAAAGAUAUAAUAAGCAAGCAAAAAGAAAUUGAAAGAGAAUUUGAGUUAUUUCCAGCACUUCACAAUAUUAGCAAAUGCUUAGAUCAUGUAUAUUUUUAUUAUCUAAAGAAAGAGGCGACGCUGAAAGAUAUUAUCCUCCAGGCAUCCUUGAAAACAGGAUUGUGGAAAGAGUUUCUGGAAAAAAAAAACUUUAAACACCGAGUGCAUAAAAAAUAUGAAUUGUUAAUUGGGGAAAAGUUAGAUUUGACAGAAUCAAGACUCAUCUGAAUUACUGUAAAAGUUGUUAUUCCAUUUAUUUGGGGAAUUUGUAAAUAUUGGAACUUGCUCAUGUUAGAGACAAGCAUAAUCAUAUUACUUCAAGAGAUAUGCAAUUAUGCAUUAAACAAAGCAAAAUAUAUUGGCCAAAAAUUACAUAUGACUGUCGAAAUUAUACUGCAAGCAGCUUAA